CCUUUUCCUUUCUUUUUGGCGUGGCUUCUGUCGGAAGAGGUUGUCUCUGUAGAUUCAGAGAGAAACUCGUCAAAAGUGUUAUUUUUUUUGGUGAAUUUUUAGGUUUUUUAUUCUUAAAUUGUACUUUGUUUGUGUGUUAGAUUAAGUCUAUUAAGAAUAAAUCAAAAUGAGGCCGCAAAACGGAGAUGAUGGAUUUGAUGAGCCCGAAGUUCACCGUAAAAUCUUCAUCGGUGGGCUUAACUACCGUACCACAGACGAGUCCCUGAAGUCCCAUUUCGAAAAAUGGGGAGAAAUUGUGGAUGUCGUCGUUAUGAAAGACCCCAAAACCAAAAGAUCCCGAGGGUUUGGCUUUAUCACCUACUCGAAGGCGCACAUGGUAGAUGAUGCACAGAAUAAUCGGCCUCAUCGUAUCGAUGGACGCAUUGUUGAAACUAAAAGAGCAGUGGCGAGACAAGACAUUAAAAACCCUGAAGCCGGUGCAACAGUAAAGAAAUUGUUCAUUGGUGGCAUUAAGGAUGAUCACGAUGAAGAACAACUCCGCGAAUAUUUCUCAGCCUAUGGCAAUGUGCAGAAUGUGAGCAUUGUCACUGAUAAAACCACCGGCAAGAAGCGAGGCUUUGGAUUUGUAGAGUUCGAUGACUACGACCCUGUUGACAAAGUUUGCCUAAAUGCCCCACACAAAAUUAAUGGAAAACAAUUGGAUGUCAAGAAAGCUCUUCCUAAAGAUGGGGGUGAGCAAAGGGGAGGUAGACAAGGAGGUGGUGGUGGCAGAAACGACAACUGGGGUAAUGCUGGAGGCUAUGGCAACAAUCAGGGCGGAUGGAAUAAUUCCAAUCCAUGGGAUAAUAAUCAGGGUAGUUGGGGUGGAAACCAGGGUGGUGGUUACGGAGGGGGUAAUCAAAGGGGAGGAUGGGGCAACCAAGAUUUCGGUAAUUACAACCAACAAGGAUAUAGUGGUGGACCAACAAGAAAUCAGCCAUACGGUAACAAUCGCGCCGCGCCCUACAACAUGAACCAAGGUGGUGGCGGCGGUGGUGGCGGCGGUGGCAGCGGCGGCUAUGGUGGCAACAACUCCAACUACGGGGGUAGCCAGGGGGGCGGCCGAGGGGGAAGAUUCUAAACGAUGUUACGUGCUAAGUACACUAGUAAAGCAGAGUUAUCCGUGCUAGUGUAGGCAGUACGCUCCGGAGCACUAGAAUACACACCUCAUGGUCCACACGCGAGACCACCUAGGAGAAGCCGUCAGGAAACCAUAGAUAUUAGUUGAAAUUCUUGACUCUAGAGACAUAUAUGAAUGAAUAGAAUAUUUUAAAUGUGUACUGAUUGUAAGUUGGUCUUCUAUUUAUUGUAGUACUUAGGUACUUACCGUGACAUACAUUAUAAGGAUUAUAGUUAUGUAAAAUGAAAAUUAGUUACUUUUUUACGGAUAAUUAAGUACAAUUUAGGAUAAUCAAUCAUGUAAGAAUUUCCUCAUAACAACGUAGAUGCUAGGUAACAUAAAAAUCAGAUAGUUGACUUAAAACUCCAUGAUGAUUUUGAUUAUUCUGACUUUACUCAGUAUUAAGUUCUCAAACUGUUAUAUGGAAACUAGGUUUAGUUAGGAUUCUUAGGUUAAUUUAAUGUAAAAAUAAAUUUUAAUACAAAGUA